GCGCUGUCGCUUCCGCUCGCACAGCUGACGGGCUCGUGCUGCCCGCACCAUGUCCGCUCCCUGCCGCCCGCACAGCCCGCCCGCAGAGACACAGAGGCUGCUGACCCCUGUGAAUAGCUAUGGGUCUCAAGACGGGGGGGCCGGGCCGGGCGUGGGCUCCGCCUCCCUCCUGCCUGAGGAGGAAGACUUGCGCAGGCGCCUCAAGUACUUCUUCAUGAGCCCGUGUGACAAGUUCCGCGCCAAAGGCCGCAAACCCUUCAAGCUGGUGCUGCAGAUCAUCAAGAUCAUCAUUGUCACCAUCCAGCUCAUCCUCUUUGGGCUCAGCAAUCAGAUGGUGGUGACGUUCAAGGAGGAGAACACCAUUGCUUUCAAACACCUGUUUCUGAAGGACUAUGUGGAUGGGUCAGAGGACACGCAUGCUGUCUAUACGCAGAGGGACCUCUAUGAUCACAUGUUCUAUGCCGUGGAGAAGUACCUGGCCAUUCCUAACGAGACGAUCGGGCGCUACGCCUACGUGCAUGGGGAGUGCAGCGGGAACCAGUCGGCCCUCAUGCUGUGCCAGCAGUACUAUCGCAAAGGGCAGAUCGACCCUGCCAAUGACACUUUCAACAUCGACCCGAAGAUCAUCACAGACUGCCUGGGUGUGGACCCCAUGGAAAGGAUGCCUUGGCCCCUGCAGCCUGUGGAGACACUUUCCCUGCAGUCCCACCCCAGCUACCGGAACUUCACGCUCAAGUUUCACAAGCUCAUUAAUGUCACCAUCCAGUUUAAACUGAAGGCCAUCAACAUCCAGACGAUCAUUAACAAUGAGAUCCCAGACUGCUACACCUUCACCAUUACUAUCACGUUUGACAACAAGGCUCACAGUGGCCGGGUGAAGAUCAGCCUGGACAACAAAGCUGACAUUAAAGAGUGCAAGGACCCCAGCAUCUAUGGCCGAGGAGACAACACCUUCCGCAUGUUCUUCGACGUGGCUGUGAUCUUUGUUUGUGUGCUGUCCUUCAUCCUGUGUGCCCGCUCCAUCAUCCGGGGUUUGAUACUGCAGCAUGAGUUGGGCCAUUUCUUUCAGAGACGUUACAACCAGGACGUCUGCCUGUCAGACCGCAUGGAGUUUGUGAAUGGCUGGUAUAUCCUGCUGGUGGUGAGUGAUGUCCUGACUGUGUCCGGGACCAUCAUGAAGAUUGGAAUUGAGUCAAAGAACUUUGCCAGCUAUGACGUGUGCAGCAUCCUUCUGGGCACCUCCACUCUCCUGGUCUGGGUCGGGGUCAUCCGCUACCUCAGCUUCUUCCAGAAAUACAAUAUUCUCAUAGUGACCAUGAGGGUCGCCCUCCCCAACGUGAUCCGCUUCUGCUGCUGUGUUGCUGUCAUUUACCUGGGCUACUGCUUCUGCGGGUGGAUCGUACUGGGCCCAUACCAUGUCAAGUUCCGCACCCUCUCCAUGGUGUCCGAAUGCCUCUUCUCCCUCAUCAACGGGGAUGAUAUGUUCGUGACCUUUGCUGAGAUGCAGCAGAACAGCUACCUGGUGUGGCUCUUCAGCCAGCUCUACCUCUAUACCUUCAUCAGCCUCUUCAUCUACAUGGUGCUCAGCCUCUUUAUUGCACUCAUCACCGGCUCCUAUGAGACCAUCAAGCACCAAUGUGAGGAUGAUGUGCCCAUCACACAGCUCCAUAUGUAUAUUGCCGAAUGCAAAGACAGUCCAGGGUCUGGCAAAUUCCGCCGUGAGAGCAGCUCCUCCUGCUCGGUUUUCUGCUGCUGCGAGCGGGCUCCACUGCAGGACAACACACUGGUGGUGAAUUGACAACGCAGCUGCGGGAGAGCCUGAUCUGUGUACCUAUGAGGGAGAGCGCUGUCUGCUGUACUGCUGGGGAACUGAGCCUGUACAUGGAACUGCCUGGAGGGGACUGGUCAUGGGGACAGUCCCAGCCCUGUGACCGCACCCACUGGCAGCUGCCUCCCUGGCUGGACUCCAAGGACUGGUAGCAGGAGUGGGGCUGUGUGGCCCCCAAGCAGAGACAUGGGUGAGCUCUGUCCACCAAGAUGAACCCUGGAUCUGCUGAGUCAGCCCUUAGCUAUAGCACCAGCUGGGCUCUGCUCCGUGUGUGCCAGCCACGUGGGCUGGAACCUUGGGCCACAGCUUUCAUGUAGCACAUUUUUUAUUUACCUUCUGGCUUUUACCAGGCUGUGUGAUCCAGUGGGGCAGAGGGGAGAGGAAAAGGGCUGAGGACCCCCCCUUUGUCACCGCGUUGGGUUGGGGGAGGGAGGGGAAAUGGCAUCGCUCUUCACAUGGAGCCAUGCAAAAAUGGAACCUGAAUGAGAUGAGCACUGCAGUGAUGCCAGCACUCCUGUCCCGUGGCAGUGCCAUCCCUCAGCAGAACCCUCCCUUGUCCCUUGCAACCCGGGGCCCAGCAGAGACUGCUGAGUUUAUGUAGCGGAAGGAGCUCCCCGAUGGAGCCCUUCCUCCCUUAGGCAGGGGAAGCCCAGCUUUGCAGUGGGCUAGGAGAGUUCAGGAAAGAUACUGCUCUCUAGGCCUUGUUGUUGCUCUUGAGGACCCUCCCCAUCCCAGUUGGGAACUGGUGCCAUCCCAGGGCUGUGUUCUGGGUACUCUGUCUUCUGCAUCUUGCUUUUUCCAGUCCCUGCUCUCUUCUGACUGCUGGCCUGUCUGCUGCAGAGAGACCCUACUGAGGGCAUCACUAAGCUGCACUGUGCUGGGUGCUGUCGGCAGCCUGGACACUUGAUAGGCUGGGUUUAGUUUUGAAGGUGUUUCUAAAAUGUUUUCAAGCUGCCUCUUCGCCCCGGCCCCCAAAUGCCAUGCCUGGGGGGAAGGUGGGGAGGGGAGGACUGGGCCCUUCCUGCUGCCUCAGGAUGUUUAAAAAAGCCUUUUGGGCCUUUAUUUUUUGUCUACAUUUGUUAACUUUAGAAACAGUCUGCUCUCCCCUGUUCUUACUGGAGGUCUCCUUGGAGGAACAGAGAGUUGGGAGGGAGGUAUGGCUUCUGCCUGCUGAUGAGGGAGGGCAUGCUGGGCUGGGGCCUUGCACAGACCUCUUCCACCUUGAGUGUCUGGCAAAGCCUUGGCCUGGUCUACACUGGGUGGGGGGAUCGAUCUAAGAUAUGCAACUUCAGCUAUGAGAAUAGUGUAGCUGAAGUAGAUGUAUCUUAGAUCGACUUAGAAUCACUUACUUCACAUCCUUGCGGUGCGGGAUCGACAGCUGCCGCUCCCCCGUCGACUCCGUUUCCACCUUUCGCCCUGGUGGAGUUCUAGAGUCGACGGGGAGUGCGUUUGGGGAUCUAUGUAUCGCGUCUAGAGGAGAUGCGAUACAUCGAUCCCUGAUGGAUCGAUCACUACCCACUUAUCUGGCGGGUAGUGUAGACAUACCCUAGGGUUCUGCACCAAUCCCUUCCUCUCCCAAGGGCUCUUGCUCUCUGAUGUCACAAUUCUGCUAUACCCCAAGCCCUUCAGAAUCCUCCAGUGCAGAGAAGAGGGGACCCUUGGUUUCUGAUGGAAAUGCAUGUAGGAAAGGACAGGUUCUUUCUGUGCCAGCAGCAGCAUAGCCCCAGGGCCCUUUUCCAGUCACCUUGCAGUUUUAAUACUUUUAAAAUCAUGUGUUUUUAGGACUCGCUGCCUCUCCUGUGCGUUGUUUACAGCCGGGCAGUAGUGUGUGUGCUGAGAGUGGCUGCUGGCUAAGCCUCUGUGGAGUCAGAUCUUUCCCCCUGGGCCUUAGAGGGGUGUGGCGAGCAUCCACACCCAGGGAAUAACUGAAUCCUCAAGGUCUUGGCCUGCUCUUUGUUCUAAAUCCCUCUCAUGUUGCCAGGGUCUCUAACAUCCCCACAAGUGGCAGCAGAACUUGCCUCCCCUGCACACAGCCUCUCCACUCUGUUUGGCUUGUGCUGUUACCGGUGAGCACCUGGGCCAGGCAGUGCAACUGCCCCUCCCCAGAGGGCUGGCAAACAAAGAAAAGUGGACUAGGAGACCUUCCCUUCCCCACUCACUCUCUGGGGUGCAGCCAGCUCUGGUGUGAAGACUCCUAACAGCUGCAGGUACAAAACAGGCAGAUGGAAAGGUGCAAUAUGAAGGGGAUGGCAGUGGUGGUGAUGUGUAGUGCAUACAUAGUUACAUGCUGUAGUGAAAAGUGAGCCGUGUCCACACUGGGUGUAGCUACACAUCAGUGAAAGGCUAUGAUGGGGGAGGCCAAGCCUUUCCCUGCAGCUGGAGACUUUCCCUGCAGUGGAAGAAGGGCAACAGCAGCAGGACAUUACCCUGCUAAAAACAGCCGUGUAGAUAGGGAGGCACAGCUUGGGUGAGUAGAGCUGUGUGGGCUAUCUAUCCGAGUACAUACCCACCGCCUUCAGGUAUGUCUACCCACCUAAGCCUUGCCUCAGUCUACACUGCUGCUGGGUACCAGAGGCACAAUCUCCCACCAAUGUGCUUUUAGCUACAUGGCCUUAAAGGAACGGAGGCUGCUUAAAACCAUUAGAGAUAUGUCUACGUUGCCCCAAUCUCUCAGCAGCGUGUAGCCCCCUUCACGUGGCUAUAAACAGUGUAGACUGUGAGGCAAGGCUUAGGUGGGUAGCUAAUAGUGCCAGCAGCUGAGCCUGGGUCUGUGUUCAUCUGUAUAGGAUGCACCUGUCAUAGCCCUGCUCUAGGGUCAGGACUGCUGUGCUGGGGACAAAUUUUUGCAAUGUGUCUCUCCCCUACACCCCCCAAGCACAGGGGCUGUCACUAUCUGCAUUGCUGCUGGGGUGAUGAGCUUAUUACAAGCAUCUUUGCCCUGAGGAGUUGGUCCUGGGGGAAGACAAUGAUGAGGCAUCUUUCAGUGCUCCAGCUACAGAAAAUGAUCUUGGCUGCUGCCUGCCUAUCUGUUCAUGCAGCCCUUUCCUCCAGGGCUUGGCACCGCUGCUAAUUUGUGACUUUAGUGUGAGCCUUGCAAUAUUUGGUGUGACUCCCCCCCCGCCCCCCUUAAACUCACAGCAUCAUGUGCUGUCGGGGGAAUCUCAGCUUUUGUUUUAAAGAGUUUCUAGCCUUCCUGGUUGUGGAGAAAAAGCCUAAAGGCUCAGAGACCAGCAUGUUUUGUGAAAAACCCUACGUCAGAACCCUCUUGAUGUGGGGGGACAGACUGAUGAUUUUUGAAGGUGUCUGUGUGUUGGUGAGGAAGGAGGCCACACUGGGUUGGGAAUGGACCUUUUCAUUAGUACAUCACUACAAACUCUGUGAAGCUCUAUCAUGCACCUAUGUCUUGGAGUGUCACUCACUGCUGACCUUUCACCUGCUUUCCUGGUGAUGUGGGACCAGAAUGCUGUCUGUGCCACAGACGUGCACAGGCACACUGGGGGGGGCUGUAGAGCUGUCACCACACUACACCCUAGAGCCAGAUAGGGCUGUUUGGCAGCUAUUGUAAUGCUGCUACUACUACACAAACUGUGCCCAGUGGCUGAAGCCUUCAGGUGUGUAAGGAUGCACCUGCCUAUGGACCUCUCUCACUUUUGGCAAGAUGUUUGUUUGGAUUGGGCUGUGAAAGCUAAAGCAGCCCUUGUACUUCUGUUUGUGGUGGUGGGCAACACUAAGGCUGUGGGAUUGGUGUAACGAGUGCAGCAGGAUAGUCACUGGCAAUUGAUAAAUAAAGGUAAUCUUGGAG